UUGCUGCUUUCCCUCGCCGGCAAAAUCGACGAUUUCCGCCGGCAGAAAUCCAAAUAAGAAAGCCACGUAGUAAUAGAAAUGGCGCAGUCAACUCUUUUACUCUUGCACGUCAAUCCAUCUUCUUCUUGCCCUUCUAUUUCCCGUCAUUCCCAAUUUCCUAAACUUUCCCCCAAACCUGCCAAAUCCUUCUCAGUCCCUCGCUCAUUAACCGCGCGAAAGCAGCGAUUCAGCUCUAGAAUGGAUCGUCUUCACCCGCCCAAUGCAUUGCAAGGGGUCGUAUCGGAGGCCAUUGGGCUGCUGCAGUCGCCCGAUCCGACUUGGCAAUCCGCUCUCCUCAACAAUCUGCUGAUCUUCGUGCUCGGAUCGCCGAUUCUGGUUACGGGGCUUUCCUUUCCGGGAAUUUCCGCCGCUUUCUUGCUCGGAACCCUCACUUGGCGCGCUUUCGGCCCAUCUGGGUUCCUCCUCGUCGCCUCUUACUUCGUCAUAGGGACUGGAGUUACGAAAGUGAAAAUGGCGCAGAAGGAAGCUCAGGGGGUUGCCGAGAAGAGGAAAGGGAGAAGGGGGCCUGGCAGCGUGAUUGGUUCGAGUGCUGCUGCUUGUGUUUGUGCUUUGAUGUCGAUAUAUGGAAUUGGGGGAGUGGAAUUUGCGCAGCUUUGGCAGCUUGGAUUCGUUGCUAGCUUCUGUACCAAGUUGAAUGAUACCGUCUCUAGUGAGAUAGGCAAGGCUUAUGGCAAAACUACGUACCUUGUUACGACAUUCAAGGUUGUUCCUAGGGGAACUGAAGGUGCUGUGAGUCUUGAGGGAACUCUGGCUGGAUUCCUAGCCUCAGUCGUUCUUGCACUAAUUGGUUGUCUCAUGGGUCAGAUAAAUGGAGCUGAAGCGCUCAUAUGUGUGGUAGCCUCCCAAAUCGCAAACUUUGGCGAGAGCAUAAUAGGUGCAGUGUUUCAAGAGAAGGAAGGAUAUCAGUGGCUUAACAACGACGUGGUGAAUGUGAUUAACAUAUCGAUUGGCAGCAUACUAGCAGUUCUAAUGCAGCAAGCAUUGCUUUUAAACUGGCAAACGUCGUGAAAUUGCAGAUGGACAGAGAGAGAAUAGCCCCCAAAAGUCCUGUCUAACUUUAAAUGAUCAUCUUGUAUUCUUUAUAAGACUGCUGUAGAAAUGUUUUCCUUCUGCAAUUUCUGCUGGUCUAUGUAGGGCUCUUAUCAAUCCUUGUGAUGGUUUCCUUGAUGGAAUAGAAAACUUAUUUAAUGGCAUCAGCAAAUCAGAUCGUCAUUGUGGUUCAAGUCCUUUUACCUGGGUGGAUUAGGUGAUGAGUAAGCAAAGUCAUUAGGAUACCAAGUCGCAGAAUAUAUGUUCCACUCCACACGCAACCAAAUCCAUGUCCUUUUUCCCAUUUUGCUGGUACACUCGGCCAAAAGCAACCAAAUCCAUGUCGUUACAUAACAUUUACGUAAUACGUACAGUACAGGAAAUCAUACUUGUUGCGUAGUAUGUGUGAAGAACAUGCUGUUUCUCGGCGAUGCCAGAAUUCUUUCAAGAUUCCUCUACAGAGUUGUGGAUAGCAGCAGGAGUGGAACAUUUCAUAGGUGCCCCGCAGCUGAUCCAUCAUGAAAAAGACAAAGGCAGACGAAAAGGGAGCACCUUUGGCUUUGCUUAGUAGAAAAAAUGCUGGUUGCAGAAGCUUGUAGAGAAUCAGCAGAGGAAAGCAGCGACGGACAUGAUACGCGGCGUGGCCGUCAAUUUUCAACAGAGAAAGAUGAGUUGGAUUGCAACUGGCCGUAUCUCUGUCUGUCUUCAACAUCUUGCUCCGGCGGUGGACGCAAUCAAUCCCAUCCUCUUAUCUUCUUUGCUUGCACACAUUUGCCUUGUGUUAGUUAUGGAGCAAAAGGAAGAGAAAAAAAAAAGAUGGAUUGAUCAUCAGUUGCGUUAUCAACGGGACGAAGAACCACGACCAGCGACCUACCUAACUUGGUUGACUCUUUGUGAUCACCUCUCAGAUUGUUCUGUCUUGGAACGUGGAAUAACAUAACAUUACAUGGGCAUGGUUAGCCCUAGAUGAGUCACAGGACUUAACAUUGUUGCCACGAUCAUGGCCGAAUUUGUAUCUCUUGCAUCAAAGACUCUCUCGUGUUAAGUUUGACGUAGCACUGGUCGAAUUUUGGACCAUGAAUGAAGUCCCUCGUAGCUUUCAAGUUAUUCAGAUGCAAGUAGCAGCACCUCGACAUAUCUCAGGAACUUGACUGACUCACAAUAAAGUUCAGGGUCUUGUUCAACCAGACCGAAGAAGUUCAGGGACUUGGGCUACCAAACCGAAGAAAUUCAGGAUCUUCCC